UUUCCCAAUUGAAAAGACUAUUGAAGAGGAAACCUGAAAAACACAUUUUAAAUCUUCAAUGUCCGACUUUACUUCAGCUCCUGUUGCCCUGAGUCUGAACUGUGGCCAAGGGGCCAAACCCAGGCAUCCAGAGUCUCCAAACGUGAUGGGUCGGUACAGAGUACGUGUGGCCACUGGAAGCUUUGCCUUCUCAGGGUCUACCAACCAAGUGCAGCUGUGGUUGGUUGGGCAGCGUGCAGAGGCGGAACUGGGGCUGCAGCUGCGGCCCACUCGAGGACAGAUGGAGGAUUUUGAAGUAGAUGUCUCAGAAGACCUGGGGCCCCUCCGGUUUGUGAAGCUCCGGAAAAUCCACCUCCUGCUGAAGGAUGCCUGGUUCUGCAACCACAUAACUGUUUGGGUCUCUGAGAAGAGCAUGGAGGAGGCGAAGGAGAUAGUAUUCCCUUGCUACAAAUGGGUGCAGGGAGAUGCCAUCAUCUGCCUGCCUGAGGCUACUGCUUGGAUGAUGGGAAAUGAUGUCCAAGACCUGUUUCAGAAACACAGAGAAGAGGAGCUGGAGGAGAGAAGGAGAUUAUAUCGCUGGGCCACCUGGAAGAAAGGGCUACCAUUGUCAAUUGAUGCAACAUCAGAGAAAGACCUACCUCUGGAUGUGAGAUUCCAUGAGAAUAAGAAGUCUGACUUUGAAGGAACACUGAUUGCAGGAAUGAUGAAGAUUAUCCUUAAACGCAUAUACACUCUUCUCAAUUCCUGGAAUAGCUUAGAAGAUUUUGACCAAAUCUUCUGGUUCAGCAAGAGUACUCUGGCUAAGAAGGUGCGCCAGUCCUGGAAGGAUGAUGAUUUUUUUGGCUACCAGUUCCUCAAUGGAGUCAACCCAACACUGCUGAGAAGGUCUACCUCACUUCCCAACAGACUUGUGAUCCCCAAAGAGGCAGAGGGGCUUCAGGUUCAGCUGGAAAGAAAGCUCCAGGAGGGCUGCCUGUUUGAAGCUGAUUUUUCCCUGUUGGAUGGAAUCCAACCCAAUGUGAUCCAGGGGAAGAAACAGUACCUAGCUGCCCCCCUAGUUAUGUUUAAGAUGGAGCCUGAUGGGAAGCUGCUACCCAUGGUCAUCCAGCUCCAGCCUCCCUGCUCUAGCUCUCCAGUUCCACCACUCUUCCUGCCCUCAGAUCCCUCCCUCACUUGGCUCCUAGCCAAAGCCUGGGUCAAAAAUUCUGACUUCCAACUGCAUGAACUGCAAGCACAUCUGCUGAAGACCCAUUUGAUGGCUGAAGUGUUUGCUGUAGCCACCAUGAGGUGCCUCUCAGGGAUGCACCCCAUCUUCAAGCUCCUGAUUCCUCACCUCCGAUAUACUCUGGAGAUUAACACUCGUGCCCGGACCAAACUCAUUUCUGAUGGGGGGAUUUUUGAUCAGGUGGUGAACACUGGUGGGGGAGGUCACCUGGAAGUCCUCCGCAGGGCAACAGCCUGUCUGACCUAUCGAUCCCUCUGCCCUCCUGAUGAUCUGGCUGACAGAGGGCUUCUGGGAAUUCCAUCAGCUCUCUAUGUCCAUGAUGCCCUCAGGCUAUGGGACAUUAUCUCCCGAUAUGUGAAUGGAAUAGUCCAUCUACAUUAUUCAGGGGACAAGGUUGUUCAGAGUGAUCUUGAGCUACAGUCCUGGUGCAGUGAGAUCACUGAGAUUGGGUUAUGUGGAGCCCAGGACCGAGGAUUUCCUGUCUCCUUCCAGUCCAGGGCUGACCUCUGCCACUUUCUCACCAUGUGCAUCUUCACAUGCACAGUCCAACACACAGGCAUUAAUCAGGGACAGAUAGACUGGUAUGCCUGGGUUCCUAAUGCUCCAUGCACUAUGCGGCAACCCCCACCAACUACAAAGGAUGUAACAUUGGAGAUGGUGAUGGCCACACUGCCCAAUGUCCAACAGGCCUGCCUCCAGAUGACUAUUGCAUGGCACUUGGGUCGGUUCCAGCCAGACAUGGUACCCCUGGGUCAGCAUAAGGAAGAAUACUUUUCAGGAUCUGGGCCCAAGGCUGUGCUGAGUCAUUUCCUGGAAGAAUUAGACACUCUAGAAAAAGAGAUUGUGGCCCGUAAUAAGAAUCUAGACCUGCCCUAUGAGUACCUGCAGCCCAGCAGAAUAGAGAACAGCAUUACCAUUUAAACCUAACAUCUGUCUGACCAUCACUCUGAUUAGCCUUGAAAAUCCCCUUUUCCUUUCCUAACCUUAGUCCUUUUAAUCUCAUACCUACAGGUAUAAAACUCACCAGUGGGCUCCACCCCACAGCUGAUCUAUCUGCCCUUUGUCACCUAUCCAUCACACUACUCUAAAUGGGUUAGCAAAGUUCUAUUUCCUUUCCUAACCCUAGUUCUUUUACAUCCAUACUCAUAGGCACAAAAAUAAUAAGUUUAAGGCUCUGUCCCCAUUUCAGACCUACCUAUCCUUUUUUACCCACCUCUCAGGAGGGAUCUUUCUCCUUCUGGUAUAAAUCAUGCUUAAUUUCACUCCCCAAUGUCACUGAUCAUUAAGUCACAUUCAGGCUCCUUCCCAACACUUUUCUCCCACUCUCUACACAUGUUCCUCAUUCUCUGGUUUCUGGAAAGAAAUGAUUUUCCCUUUGACUUUCCUUCUGGGGCAGAGGCAGCCCUCCCCUAUCAUUUUCCCAAGGAUAGGAAAGCUCUCAGUGUAAUCUGAUAUGAAGAUCUUCUUCUCCUAGCAAUAGUCCUCCUAGCUCUACCACCUCAUUGCUUCUUACUUAGAUAUCCCUGCCCCUUUGCCACAAUCUGAAAUAAAUAAACUAAGAAAUCGAUAUACUACAAGGCAUCUCAACCUCUGUUGCUCAAGGAACAAAAUAAUUGCAAUGCUGGCAUAAGGGACACAAACUAGUACUACCUUUCACUAUACCAUGGAGAAAGGUGAUAAUUGAAGACAAUCAUCUUCUCUGGCUCAAAAGAUUAGAGUAAUUCUUCAAAUAGCCAUUAAAGGUCUGUCAUUCAUGAAUAUAACUAAACUCUCUGUUGAAGUUGUUUCCAUCAUCAUAUUGUCCCAACACUAAGAGUAACUGAUUUUAUGUCCCUCAUUUGUUCCAAAUUUUAAACACUUUAAACUAUUUCAGAGCAUUAUAUCCAUUAUCUUGUGGUCCUUGACAUCCUCAUAUAAAUAAAACAAGUAUUAUUAACCCUAUUUUACACAUGGAUACAGACUCAGAGGUUAAGUAAUUUAACCUUUAACAUCCAGCUAGUAUCAAAAGAAGCAUUUGAACCCAGGAUCUAGGUUCCAAAUGAACUUUGCCUUUUCUACUAUACUUUUUCUACUCUUCAAAGACAAACUCUUUUUAGUCUGCUCAUUCAGAAAGUCUUCCAGUUCAGUCAUUUAAGGACUUCAACGCUUAUACUGUUUUCUUCAUAACAACUCUGUAUGGUAGAAAAUAUAGCGUCAUCAUAUUUGAAAUCCAGGUUUAUUAUCUGUCCAGGACUCCACUACAGAAACAUCUGGCUUUCUCUAUAACACCUUGAGGUCUGUUCUACUACAUAGGUUCAUGAGUCAGAAUUAAAUACAGUAUUCCAGGUAUGGGUACAUUAUACUUUUGUAGGAAGGAAGGUGUAGGGUGAUGGAAAGAGCAUUUAAUUUAGAACCCUGGGCUCAAAUUCUGACUCUGAUAUCGACUCUUUUACAAAGAACAAAUCACAGCCUCUCUGAACCUAAAUUUCCUUUGUGGUAAAAUAAGGGACAAUUACAGCUUUAAGCAUGUAGUGUAUGGCAUUCUCUCGUUAAUUUCAAUUGCUUUCCUGAUGAUACCAAGCCUCUUCGUUUGGGUCACUGAAGCAAAAAGACUCCAGAGACUUGGACUUUAACUUUGAGAAAUGGACCUAAGAUGCACUUCCUAGUUCCUAACUGUUCAGAAAAAAAAAAGUAAAAACAAAGGAUUUUUCCUGUUAGAUGUCUGUCCCCGGUUUUUCCUAUUGCCCCCACCCCGCCCAUGCCUUUAAAAUUUCAGAAGGCCCACCUGGCAA